GCGAAUCCAGCCCUCGUCUUUCAAGACAUGGAGGCCAAGCGGAAAGAGCCGCGGAAGGCGCUGAGGAUCAAAGUGAUCUCCAUGGGCAACGCGGAGGUGGGCAAGAGCUGCAUUAUAAAGCGAUACUGUGAGAAGAGGUUUGUGCCUAAGUACCUUGCAACAAUUGGCAUCGAUUAUGGUGUCACCAAAGUGCAGGUUCGGGAUCGGGAAAUCAAAGUGAAUAUUUUUGACAUGGCUGGACACCCCUUCUUCUAUGAGGUACGCAAUGAGUUUUACAAGGACACGCAGGGCGUAAUCCUGGUGUAUGAUGUUGGGCUGAAGGAGUCAUUUGAUGCCCUCGACUCAUGGCUCGCUGAGAUGAAGCAGGAACUUGGACCACAUGGAAACAUGGAGAAUAUUGUCUUUGUAGUUUGUGCCAACAAGGUUGAUUGUACCAAGCACCGUUCUGUGGACGAAAGUGAGGGGCGGCUGUGGGCAGAGAGCAGAGGCUUCCUUUAUUUUGAGACUUCUGCUCAGACUGGAGAAGGAAUCAACGAGAUGUUCCAGACUUUCUACUCUGCCAUCGUUGAUUUGUGCGACAAUGGGGGAAAGCGGCCCAUGGCCAGCAUGAGCGUCAGUUUCACCAAGGAGCAAGCGGACACCAUCCGAAGAAUCCGCAGCAGCAAGGACAGCUGGGACAUGCUGGGUGUCAAGCCAGGGGCCACCAGGGAUGAGGUGAACAAGGCCUAUCGGAAGCUGGCGGUGCUGCUCCACCCGGAUAAGUGCAUGGCUCCUGGCAGCGAGGACGCCUUCAAAGCUGUGGUCAAUGCACGGACUGCCUUGCUUAAAAACAUCAAGUGAGGAAGGGAGGAAGCAGCUUCUCCCAAGGACAACUGAUCCCUUUCGAGAGGGCUGCCCUUCUCCAGUCCAAAUGAGAGACCUCAAGCGUUGCCUUUGAGCAAGGAUGGUAGGAGCAAGAACCAGAGGGAACCACUGUAGGCUGUUCCCCCCCCAUGCUGUGCACCUCAACCGUCCAGAACUGUUUCCUGCACUGUUGCAACCAGCUUGUCCGUCUGUGCAGGUCGCCCAUCUGUGGUGGAUUGCCAAAUCCAUCUGAAAGCCUCCAUAGCUGUACUUUCCACUGCAGGGAAGUUGUCCUUUGAUUGAGUUGACUCUAAAAAAUAUUUAUUCUUUGUUUACAGAGCUGCUCCUCUAGCCUCUCUGUACUUUGUUAUCCCAAACUUGGUGCUUUUAAGUCCAGCCUUGUCUCCUCUUCACCCUAUGUCUGGCAACGUGUCCUAUUCCUUUUGAAUUGUCCUCAGUGGGUGGGCUAUGGUUCUCUGCCCUCCCUUUCCCAUGGUCAGAGCUGUGUAAGGUGGUCACCUCGCAUAGCAUAUAGCGACUCAGACCAGAGCACGGGGAGGAGUGGCUUAGGAGGUGGGCUGACCCAGGUGCUUUAAGGCAGAGAAGGAAACUCUGCUGAAGUGGGAUUCAAGGGACACUUGAGUUGUGGGAGGCAGGAUUCAGAAUUUCACUGGUUGCUUCUCAAUCUCAUGACUCAAGGCUGAAAUAGCAAGAAACUUGCUUCGUCAAGUGUUCCCUGAGAUUUUAUCCUUGAGUGCUAUAAGGCAAUAAAUAGGAUAAAUAGUAGGCAGUGCUUUCUCAAGUCAGAGCCUGAGGCCUGCAGAUUCACAAAGGAGUUAUUUUCACUCCUUCUCUUGCCUGUGACAGCCUUUUGUCGAAAGUGAAAUCUCUGCCAUGGAAUCUCUCCGAAACAGUUUUCAUUUCACUUUUAAUUGUAUGCCGCCUUUCUGUAUUGCCACACGCAAGGUGGUUUGCAAGCUGACGAAACAACAAAAUAUACAACAAAUAUCCCAUUAUUCAUCUAAGUAACACAGGAUUCAGUGCCUGGGGUGGGACUUGGCCGUGCAGAGCAGUUUGUGAUUACUCUGGUGAAGAUUUCGGAUUAUAUCGCUGCGAAAGAGAAACCUGCACCAUGAGCAGGAAAAUGGGGUUGAGUAGAUGAGUUCCUAAAUGGUUGUCUUUCUCGAGUUCAGAGGGAGAGAGUUACACUCCCAGGAAACCAUUUUUAGCCCUUCACUAGGCUAAAAUGUAAGAAUCGGCAUUCUCAAUAUCACUUUUUAAAAAACUCUAGUGAUCUGGUUAGUGAAUAUAUGUGGAAUUAUGCCAGUUGAUUGGCUACAUGAUUUUUAAUUGUAACCUAUUGGGGAAAACUUAACUCUAUAUCUUUUCUUGUCAUUUUGCCAAUGGGCUACUAGUAAGGCUACCUCCUCUCUCCCUGACUCCUCUCCCCACCCUGACCCAUCCAUGCUAUUUAGAACACCUCAAAAACAUAACUGGAAAUGGAGGAGGAUAGAGGGUGGAGAUAGGAUCCUCCCCUUUUGCUCAUUUGCCUUCCUCCAGUCUCCUAUGACAAUUGGUUUGUCUGGCAGGGAAGAUUAACUGGAAAAUGUGCUUGCGAGGGACGGGAGAUAGCAGGAUUCCCUCUGAGGCUCUGCAGUUGCCAUCUUUUGCACCCCUUUGCCUGACUACUCAUAAAGUGACAUUUGCACCUACAGGUGUCACGAGGCCACUUUUCAGAAAAUUGUCCAGGGAGCACCAAAAUGUUCCAACUGGGAAAGACUGAGAUAGAUUCUCUCUGCAGCCCUGCUUCCUGGAGUGUCUCAACCACGGGAAAAGGAAUCUCUCUUGUGGGUCAGAGAUGGAGAUGGGCGAGAACUGCAGGACUGUACCGCUUGACAUUUCUUGCCUGCCUUCAGUGCAAACUGUUUAGCUUUUGAUCAGAUAAUGCUGGGAGAGAUUUGC